UAACCAAACAGAGGGGCACAAGUCACAUCCAACUCGUUCACAAAAUCUCCGCCACACAAGACCCACCUUUUCCUUUUGAAUGAGCCCUAGCCUCAGCCAUGUUGCUAGUUCUUCACAGAAUGGCCGCUUCUCAUUCUCUCUUCGCCUCCUCUCUCAAACUCACUUCGAACCAACUUCUUCAUCAUUAUCGAUGUCCGCUAAAGCGUAUCGUUUCGAUUUCCGGAGGAUUCAGUCGGAGCCGAAUCAGGGUGCUGCCGCUUUAUCACAAGGCCCAUGGACUGUCCACUACAUCUUCGGCCGUGGCCACUGAUUCCACUGAUUCUGCGGUUUUGGCUGAUGACAAGGGCUUGGGCGAGGCUCCGUCUGAAAAAAUUGUUCUUCCCACCAAUGAAUCGUCUGAGCGUCUCCUGAGGAUUCGCCAUACGUGUGCACAUGUAAUGGCUAUGGCUGUUCAGAAGCUCUUCCCGGAUGCAAAAGUGACAAUUGGUCCAUGGAUAGAAAAUGGGUUUUAUUAUGAUUUUGAUAUGGAGCCUUUGACAGAUAAAGAUUUGAAGAGGAUCAAGAAAGAGAUGGAUCGCAUCAUUGGUCGAAAUUUACCACUGAUUAGAGAAGAAGUUUCCAGAGAUGAAGCUCAGAGAAGAAUAAUGGCUGUCAAUGAACCUUAUAAAAUGGAAAUUUUGGAUAGCAUCCAGGAAGAUCCCAUCACCAUCUAUCAUAUUGGUGGUGAAUGGUGGGACCUUUGUGCUGGGCCUCAUGUUGAAUAUACUGGAAAUAUUAACAGGAAAGCUGUUGAACUUGAAUCUGUUGCUGGUGCUUACUGGAGAGGGGAUGAGAAGAAACAGAUGCUGCAGAGAAUCUAUGGCACAGCAUGGGAGAAUGAGGAACAAUUGAAAGCAUAUCUUCACUUCAAAGAGGAGGCCAAACGCCGGGAUCACAGACGCCUUGGACAAGAUCUUGAUCUGUUCUCUAUACAGGAUGAAGCUGGUGGAGGUCUGGUGUUCUGGCAUCCAAAGGGUGCCAUUGUUAGGCAUAUUAUAGAAGAUUCAUGGAAAAAAAUACAUAUAGAACAUGACUAUGAUCUGCUGUAUACUCCACAUGUUGCUAGGGCUGAUUUAUGGAAGACCAGUGGCCAUUUGGAUUUCUACAGAGAGAAUAUGUAUAGUCAGAUAACAAUUGAGGAUGAACUCUAUCAACUCCGACCAAUGAACUGUCCAUACCAUAUUUUGAUUUACAAGAGGAAGCUACACUCCUAUCGAGAUUUCCCAAUCAGGGUUGCAGAGCUGGGAACAGUGUACAGAUAUGAGCUAUCUGGAAGCUUGCAUGGCCUUUUUCGUGUAAGAGGUUUCACACAGGAUGAUGCACAUAUAUUUUGCUUAGAAGAUCAAAUCAAGGAUGAAAUCCGGGGAGUCCUUGAUCUCACUGAAGAAAUAUUACUACAAUUUGGUUUUAGCAAGUAUGAGGUGAACCUCUCAACCAGGCCAGAGAAAGCUGUGGGAGCUGAUGAUAUAUGGGAAAAAGCAACAUCUGCACUUAGAGAUGCUUUGGAUGAUAAAGGGUGGAGCUAUCGAAUUGAUGAAGGUGGUGGUGCCUUUUAUGGUCCUAAGAUUGAUCUCAAGAUUGAGGAUGCUCUUGGAAGGAAGUGGCAGUGCUCAACUAUACAGGUUGAUUUCAAUUUGCCACAGCGAUUUGACAUUACAUAUGUUGACUCAAACUCAGAAAAGCAACGACCCAUCAUGAUCCAUAGAGCUGUUCUUGGAUCCUUGGAGCGAUUCUUUGGAGUCCUCAUAGAGCAUUAUGCUGGGGAUUUUCCACUAUGGCUUUCUCCAAUCCAAGCUCGGGUUUUACCAGUGACGGACACACAGCUUGAGUAUUGCAAUGAGGUGACCAACAAACUGAAAGCUAAUGGUAUUCGGGCUGAAGUUUGUCAUGGUGAGCGCCUUCCUAAGCUCAUUAGAAAUUCUGAGAAGCAGAGAAUCCCAUUAAUGGCAGUUGUGGGCCCCAAAGAAGUUGAAACACAAACAGUUACAGUUAGAUCUAGGUUUGGAGGGGAGCUUGGAACCAUGAUAGUUGAAGAUUUUAUCAGCAGAACCAAGUCUGCUACAGAAAACAGAACAUCAUUUUAAAAAUGCAAAAAGCUUGUCAUCGAAUUGGAUGGGUAUCUGCAUGCCAGCAAAACUCCCCAUGGUACUUAUAUUCGAGGAUUUGUAUACCUGAAAUGUUUUCUUAUAUUUAUUCUUGGAUUCUUGAUUAGUUGUUAUCAAGAUGAAAUCAUCUUCUCUUUAGCUUCCAGUACUUUUUGUCAAGAUAUUUUGUUGAAUUUUUUUUGGCUGAAAGUAUAAAGUUGAUACCAUUCUUGUUGCUUCA